AUCGUCAGCGAUUUGUCAUCCACGACCUUCAUUCGACCUUGGGCGCUCCGCUCCGACUCGAAAUACUGUUCGCCUUCGGUCGACUCAGUUAUAUUGUGUGUGCACGCCUUCCAGUAAAGGUCGUACGAUUUUGCUCUCGUUUUGGUGACUUAUAUCCAAAUCUCAACCCAAACAUCAUGACUACCUACUUCAACUACCCACCAAAGGAUGUCCAGGAGGAGCUGGCUCGCAUUGCCAAAGCCAUCGUCGCCCCGGGCAAGGGUAUUUUGGCUGCCGAUGAAUCGACUGCCACUUGUGGCAAGCGUUUCGCUGACAUCGGCGUUGAGAACAACGAGGACAAUCGCCGCCAGUACCGUCAGCUGUUGUUCACCGCCGACGACCGCCUGUCGGAGAACAUCUCCGGUGUGAUUCUGUUCCACGAAACCCUGUACCAAAAGGCCGAUGACGGAACUCCGCUGGUCGAUCUGCUGAAGAAGAAAGGCAUUCUGGCCGGUAUCAAGGUUGACAAGGGUGUUGUCGAUCUGUACGGCUCGGAGGGCGAAUGCACCACUCAGGGUUUGGAUGAUCUGGGUGCCCGUUGUGCUCAGUACAAGAAGGACGGCUGCGACUUCGCCAAGUGGCGUUGCGUGCUGAAAAUCGGCAAGAACACCCCCAGCUACCAGUCCAUCUUGGAGAACGCCAACGUGCUGGCGCGUUAUGCCUCGAUCUGUCAGUCGCAGCGUAUUGUCCCAAUUGUCGAGCCAGAGAUCCUCCCCGAUGGUGAUCACGAUCUGGAGCGCUGCCAGAAGGUUACCGAGACCGUGCUGGCCGCUGUGUACAAGGCUCUGAAUGAUCACCACGUGUUCUUGGAGGGCACUCUGCUGAAACCAAACAUGGUGACCGCUGGACAGAGCUGCGCCAAGAAGCCAUCGGCCCAGGAGAUCGGUUUGGCCACCGUUCUCGCUCUGCGUCGCACAGUGCCAGCUGCUGUGCCCGGAGUUACCUUCCUGUCUGGUGGCCAGUCUGAGGAGGAGGCCUCCGUGAACCUGAACGCCAUCAACCAGGUGCCCCUGUUGAGACCAUGGGCCCUGACCUUCUCGUACGGACGUGCCCUGCAAGCUUCCGUUCUGCGCGCCUGGGGUGGCAAGAAGGAGAACCUCAAGGCGGCCCAGGAUGAACUCAUCAAGCGCGCGAAGGCAAAUGGAUUGGCAUGUCAGGCAAAAUACGUCGCCGGCUCGAUUCCCUCGUACGCGGCCAAUGCAAGUCUGUUUGUAAAAUCGCACGCCUAUUAGGCUCUUCUACAUGCCGCUGUUGUCAUCCAUUGACUGACCGCUCUGGAAACAAAAUUUAACAAUCGGCACACAUAUCCACAUACCCGAAACACAAGGACAUUCGUGUACAUGAGCAUUCCGCCGGAUAGCAGCAGCAAAACAAUUCACAAAUUUUCACAACAAAUACUAACACAUACAGUUAAAUUAUUGAUAAGGCGUGUAGAGAUUAUCAUAAUCAGAUUGUCUUCCAAUGAGAGAAUGAAAGGACUAAUGCACAUGGCCAUCGGCAGUGUGCAAGGGCACGAAACGGAGAGACGAAGCCUUGAGUCGACAGCCAACUUAUCGUUUUAUUCUGGCACAACAAUUCCCGUUUUACGCUGUUUUUAAAUUGUGUCUAACCCUCCCCUUUUUAUGUUCAAGCAGAUUGAAGUAAAAUUAUUUCCAAAUAGUUUGCUCCGAAAGGAGGAAAGUUCGUCGACGAUUCGAAAGUUUUUCUCCAGGCAGGCGCUUGUCUGUUUGCAGUUAGUAGAGCUGAUGGAUGCGCAUUUUACUUCAACCUGCUUCCUUUUGUUCAUUUUAUAUACUUUUUUGUGUUUAAUUACCUGAAUCUUUAUCUUGGUUUCUACUGUCUAACGAAAAAUCAAUAAAAAUUGAGUUCGUAAAAAUAUAUAAAAUUGGCAAGCUGCA